AUGAUGCGAUUGAAUUCGUUGAAUAACAGCCAAAGCAAACUCUCCAGUUUUCGUUGGGGAGUUUCAUCAUCGGAUGACUUUGAACAUGAUCAUACAACCAAUCGAAUAAUCGGAGCCAACAGCAACAACAACAACACGGAACAAGAUGAAGAAGAAAUGAUUGAGGCUAUGAAUUUCGGAUCAUCGGAAGAGCGUUUCCAACAACAGGAUCCUACCCGAUUUCAUUAUCCAGAGGAACAACAGAGCCGAGGCCCGAGGGUUCGGCAUCAUCAUACACGUUUGAUUGAGGAGGAACUUCAUGAAGGUUUCCCUUCAACAACAACUAGCAAAUCAAAGGAUGAAACAUUCGUUCAUGGCACGAACACUAUUCACCAAUCAUCAUCUUCUGUGCUACAAUCAUUGAAACAGUUCGAACGGAUUGCUCUCCGUAAUAUAGGAAUGAAACAUGAAGAUGAUGAUGAUGACGAUGGAUUAAAUUUGGACCCUCAAUUCAAUUCGAAUCGAAAAACGAACAAAAGGAGAGAAGGAAAGAAUUUUGACCCAACGUCUCAUAGUGUUUCCGAUGAGGACGAUCAUCGAAGGAGACUUUUAGAUGCUUCACACAUCAUCGUUGAUGACGAAGAGGAUGCUCACUCUAGGUUGAGCUUAGCAUCUGUGUCAACCUCUCAGACCAACACUUACACAGAUGUAGACUCUGUGAUUGAUCCCAUUCAUCCUCACAUCAAACACAAACAUUAUUAUCCAAAACGACACAAAGCCACACGAGAAGAAAAAAUUGCCUACUCGAAGAAAGUUGGCAGAACUCUCUUUACCAUUUUUCUCGUGAUUUUAAUGACCUCUCUCACAAUUAUUGAUGUGAUUGUUUCCCCGAAAAACACGUGGGUGACUCGCUUGAGUAUUUUCGUGUGCAUGGUUAUCUUUUGGCGAUUUUUAUAUGAAUAUUUAUUUGAAAUUAUAUUUGAGUGGAUUUUGGAAUAUCUCAUUAAAGAUGACUAG